AUGAAUUUACGUUUACGAAUUCCAAAGCCAUUACAAUUUGCUUUUGGUCAUCAUGCAGAACUCAACAAAUUUUCCAUCUCCUUUUUAAUAUUUACAUUACUACAAUCUAUCACAAUUAUUGCCGCUUCUAUUGCGAAUAUGGUUUUGAAUUCUCAAGAUAUGGAACCUUCAACGGCUGUGUACUUUUUAGCUUCAGUUGCUAUUUUGGCCAUGUUUUGUUUAUGCUAUUUUGCAGUGGAUGCAAUUUUGAAUGAAAACAAAAUGAUGAUUUAUUCAUAUAUUGUGAUUAGCUUAUUUUUAAUGGGUCGAUUAAUUUACGGGUUGGCUUGGGGAGGAGAAGCAGAUGAAUUGAUUGUAAUGAUUCCGAGCUUAUUUAUUUUGUUUUUUGAAGUUUGUCAAAUAGUCCUUUCUAUACCGUUGAUCAAUUCAUUCGGGUGGAAAUUAUAUCGAAAAAUUGGUUCCAGUAAGACUCUUCAUCAACUUUAUAGCGUGUAUCAUGCUUUUAUUGCAGUGUUGAAAAUUGAUUUUGUAUGUUCGUUGCAUGUCGGAAUGCUAGGGUUCUUUUUUGUCGUUUUUGAUUUUUGGUGGGUUUACUUAUUGUUUGGAGUUGGAUUGUUGAUUUCUCUCGUCAGUGCUCCUCUCGUUGUCUAUUUUGGCAUUCGACAAGAACACAAAUUAUUCUGUAUUUUAUUUCUUCUAAUCUCUCUCCUCAUGCCAUCUUUUUUAAUCUACAAAAUAAUUGUUUUGUGGCUUCCAGGUACACACGACAUUGUGACAGAAUGGGGUGGAUCUUCCAUGAGCCAACUCGAAAUCAAAAUUGGACUUUCUUUAUUAGCUGCUUUUGCAUUUCUUGUUAGAAUCAUUCUCAUGGCAAUGACUUGUGCAUGCAUGUUCAAUUUUGGAAAAGGAUUGAAAGAAACAUUUCGUAGAGACAACAAAAAGAAUAGAGCUAGUGAAACAGACAAACUCUUUUUGUCGUCACAAAAAAGUCAAAAUUAUUACACACAUACAGAUGAUCAUAGCAGCUGUACCACUUCAACAGCAGGCCAAGGACAUGCCUUAUUUGCUGUCAACUCAUCUGGCGAAAUUGUUCAACAACAUAAUCACAAUGGAGCAAAUGCUAAGGUAAAUGUUGCUCUCACGAGAAGUAUUUCCGAUGACAGUGGAUUUAUGGGCUCUUCGAGCAAUACCUUGUCAGACGAUGAUGAUAUUGUAGUGCCCAUAACUAACAAUCAUCAUCCUCAUCAUGUACAUUACAAUCAUCAUCAUUAA